ACUGGGGCAAACUGUCUGUGGUGAUUUAGAAGUAUAUAAGACUACCAGUACCGAGUGUUGCUUAAUGACAGAGUAGAUAGUGUUCUGAGAAGUUGAUAAACCCAUUCACGCAGCAUGCAGGAGCAAAGUCACUUCAGCAGAAAAGCUGUCGCAGUCUGGUGUCUGGUGCUUCUGGUUCUCACCCAACAGGUAGCAUCCAGUCCUGUUCCAGAGCUGGAGGACCUCUCGGGCUCUGUGCAGGGAGCUCAAAGGUCACUCAGGAGAGUGGUCCGUAUGACUCCCCUUUGGAGAAUUAUGGGUACUAAACCUCACGGCGCCUAUUGCCUGAAUAACUAUGAGUGUUCCACAGGAAUAUGCAGGAAAGGACACUGUUCGUUUGGCCAACCUAAGAAUUCCUGAGUGGAAAGCUUUCUUCUCCUGCUCAAGUGCUGUUGAUUGUCUUACAAUCUGCAGUUGUCCCAUGGAAUCAGAAGAAGAUGGCUUGUUUGAUAGUGAUGGACAGGUUUUGCAAUGUAAAAAAAAGUUAAGCCAGGUAAAGAAUGUUGAUUAUGUAAAGAUUGAUGCAUAAUACAUGUUGUUCAGUGGUUUAAGUGUGAUCAUAUAGGUUUAUAAUACACAUUCUUCUAGUUUACAGACAUAGACCUCACACUAUAUUUCUAAACAUUAUGUUUAUACUUUUUAUUUAACAUUUUAUAUUAUCUUCAACCAUGCAUGGAUUAGAUUUUGGGUGGUGCUAGUGGUGAAAGUGUUAUUGAUAAAAAGACUGGCUAGAGCUGGCUUUCUUUAAAUCCAGAAAACCAUUAGUAUUAGAUCAUUCCAUGCUCAGAUACUGUGUAAGUGGAGCUGGGAGUAAGUUUGUCUGUAAGUCUGUUCAGACUUUCAACCUGAGUGUCAUUGAACUAUCGAUAGCUUUUAGCAGAAAGAGAGAGAAAGUGUGGUCAGAUGUGCAAGGGUGACUUCUGUCGACUGAAUAAAAAUACUAUUAUUAUUUUA